AUGACGACGACCAACUGGAUGAGCAAGUUGGUGAGGGUGAAGGAGGACGACCCCAAUACCAGCAUCUUCGGAAGGCACCACAAGUCCGCCUUCACAUACAUGGACACGGAGUUCCAGACGGUCGCGCAGAUGGCCACCUACGUGGUGGCGGAGACAAUCGGCAACAAGUCUGUGGUGAAGGAGGUGGUGGCGAAUCCGGACAUUGUGGCGGAGAAGUACUCCGACAUGGGGCUUAUGAUGAUGCGGAACCACCACUCCGAUGACUCGGACAGCGUCGUGUUCGCCGUCAUGCUGGCCUGUGUGGCCAAGUUCCACAGCAAGAGGUCGCUAUUCGACGGCUUGGUGGCCACCGGCGACCACGUGAUCAUGGACGACACCACCAACGACUGCUUCUGGUCGAUCAAGCAUGACGACACCGACCUGUCGGACGCCGAGAACUGGGGCGAGAACAUAAUGGGCAGAAUCCUCAUGGUGGUCAGAUUCAUCUUCGCCGGCAGUGACGCUCCCGUCCCGGGAUCGGAGAUGGACAGCAACAUCGUCACCCGAUUGUCCAUGGAGAGCGCCAAGGUGUUCCAGAUCACAUGCAAGUCCGACUGGGAGGGGUUCGUCGAGGAGUUUGAGGAAGAGAUCAGAACCAAGGGGCAGGCGACCUAG